AUGGCUGAUUCUUUCUCCUUUGAGGCUGACUCUUUCUCAAGCCGCCAGACACGGCACUAUCCAACACCGGUGAGUUAUCGCAGUGUGUCUGGCUCUGGCUCUUUCAUACCAUCCAGCUCUCAUAGCAAUUCCACUUCCACAACCAGAAGAGCUCGCCGCAACCGAGUUCCUGCCACACCCUUUGCUUCAGAUGAUGACCAUUCAUGGCAAGAAGAGGUUUCAUGGAAGUUUGAGGCCACCGGGUGGCGCGAUUACAGCACAAACUUUGGUUCUGUUCUCACUCCAUGGCCAGCUAGCUCCCCAUCUGAUCACAGCCGAAUAUUUCGUCGAUCAGCCAACGACUACUACCUUUCAAGAACAAGUAGGUUCAGUGGUCUCGCAACCUCUUCUUAUGAACAUUCUGGCUAUGGUAGAGUUGAACUUAAGAGCUAUGUUGCAAGGCACAAUGAUCAUAGUUACUUUGAUCAGCGUAGUCAGCUUCAUGCAUUAUCCAAACCGGGGUUCAUCCAAGAGAAGAGUAGUAGAAAAGGUAGUCCAUUGGCUGAGGAAGAUGAGCUUAGUAUGAUAGAUUACAGCAUAACAGAAGAGCAUGUGAUUUCACCUAAUGGCAAUGGUCAUGGUCUUGAAUCCCCAUAUUUUAAACAUGGCGAUGGUGAUUAUGGUGGGAGUUGUUAUGUUGGUCAUGGCCUACCAUCACAUGAUGGUAGCCAUCUUUAUGGAGGUGGUGGGGGUUAUACUUAUAGUCACCAUGGCAUUGAGAAGUAUUCAGGAUAUGAUGAAGAAGGUGAGGAGGAUAUGGAUGAGGAAGAUGCAAGGCCUCCAAAGGCUGUUGGGCUGUUCAGUUUGUUUAGGUACUCAACUAAGUGGGAUUGGAUGCUUGUGUUUGUGGGGUGUUUAGGGGCCCUCAUAAAUGGAGGAUCACUUCCUUGGUACUCUUAUCUUUUUGGAGACUUAGUCAAUAAGAUUUCAGAAGCAGACAAGGACAAAAAACAGAUGAUGAAGGAUGUAGAGAAGAUAUGCAUAUUUAUGACUGGGCUAGCUGCUGUUGUGGUAGUUGGAGCAUAUUUGCAGAUAGCAUGUUGGAGAUUAGUGGGGGAGCGAUCUGCACAAAGAAUUAGAAGUGAGUAUCUUAGAGCAGUUCUUAGACAGGACAUUACUUUCUUUGAUACAGAUAUCAACACCGGUGAUAUUAUGCAUGGAAUUGCAAGCGAUGUUGCACAGAUUCAAGAAGUUAUGGGAGAGAAGAUGGCUCACUUCAUUCAUCAUAUAUUUACAUUCAUAUGUGGAUACGCAGUUGGGUUUAAAAGAUCAUGGAAAGUUUCUCUUGUGGUUUUCUCAGUCACUCCAUUGACAAUGUUCUGUGGCAUGGCAUACAAAGCACUUUAUGGUGGCCUAACAGCAAAAGAGGAAGCUUCUUAUAGGAAAGCUGGUAGCAUUGCGGAGCAGGCCGUAAGUUCAAUUAGGACAGUGUUUUCAUUUGUUGCAGAAAACCAAUUAGCUGGGAAAUAUGCUGAACUACUGCAGCAAUCAGCUCCAAUAGGGGCAAAAGUUGGUUUUGCUAAAGGCAUAGGCAUGGGUGUGAUUUACUUAAUAACCUAUUCAACAUGGGCACUGGCUUUCUGGUAUGGCUCCAUAUUAAUUGCCAAGAAUGAACUUGAUGGAGGUUCAGCCAUUGCUUGUUUCUUUGGUGUCAAUGUUGGGGGAAGAGGAUUGGCACUGGCACUUUCAUAUUUUGCACAAUUUGCACAAGGGACUGUUGCAGCAAGCCGUGUAUUCUACAUUAUAGAGAGAAUCCCUGAGAUUGAUCCCUAUAGCCCUGAGGGUAGGAAGCUUUCUGGUGUUCGUGGAAGGAUCGAGUUAAAAAGUGUUAGUUUUGCAUAUCCAUCUCGUCCUGAUUCUCUGAUACUUCAUUCUCUUAAUUUGAUAUUACCAUCUUCAAAAACUGUGGCAUUAGUUGGUGCCAGUGGUGGGGGAAAGUCCACCAUCUUUGCUCUCAUAGAGAGGUUUUAUGACCCUACUGAAGGGAUUAUUACCUUGGAUGGUCAUGAUUUGAGGACAUUGCAAGUAAAGUGGCUACGUGAUCAGAUUGGGAUGGUUGGUCAGGAACCAAUUCUCUUUGCCACAUCUAUACUGGAAAACGUGAUGAUGGGAAAAAAUAAUGCCACAAAAGAAGAGGCAAUUUCUGCUUGCAUUGCUGCUGAUGCUCACAGCUUCAUCACUAGCCUACCACUAAGCUAUGACACUCAGGUGGGAGAUAGGGGUACAAAACUCUCCGGAGGUCAAAAACAGAGAAUUGCAUUGGCUCGAGCAAUGAUCAAAGAUCCUAAAAUCCUUCUUCUAGAUGAACCUACUAGUGCUCUUGAUGCCGAGUCAGAGUCUGCAGUCCAACGGGCAAUUGACAAGAUUUCUGCAGGCCGAACAACCAUUGUGAUUGCUCACAGGAUAGCAACAGUGAAGAAUGCUCAUACCAUUGUGGUUCUUCAACAUGGUUCUGUCACUGAGAUUGGUGACCAUCGGCAGCUUAUGGCAAAAGCAGGAGCAUACCACAACCUUGUCAAGCUUGCUACCGAAGCCAUUUCAAGACCUCUAGCUAUAGAGAAUGGCAUACAAAAAGCCAAUGAUUUAUCCAUCUAUGAUAAAUCUGUUGCUGCUUUAUCAGGAUCAAGAUAUGUAGUUGAUAUCCCUAGGCCUAAAGACUUAAUAUCUAUGCAUGAGGAGGAGAAACAAGAGGACAUGGAAGAUGAUGAGCAAGACAAGAAGGCAAAAAAAUACAUACUUUCUGAAAUAUGGAAGCUGCAAAAGCCUGAGUUUGUGAUGCUAUUUUCAGGACUUAUUCUGGGAAUGUUUGCUGGUGCUAUUCUGUCCCUUUUCCCAUUGGUUUUAGGCAUAUCCUUGGGUGUAUAUUUUGGCCAUGACACUUCUAAGAUGAAAAGAGAAGUUGCCCACCUUUGUUUAACACUUGUUGGCCUUGGAUUUGGUUGCAUACUUUCCAUGACAGGACAACAAGGUUUGUGUGGUUGGGCCGGAUCAAAGCUGACACAAAGGGUUAGAGACAUCUUGUUUCAAUCCAUACUGAAACAAGAACCUGGGUGGUUUGACUUUGAAGAAAACUCUACGGGAGUGUUGGUAUCAAGGCUCUCAUUAGACUGUGUUAGUUUUCGAUCAGUACUUGGUGAUAGAUUUUCAGUCCUUCUUAUGGGGUUGAGUUCAGCUGCUGUUGGCCUCGGUGUGUCCUUUGCCUUCAAUUGGAGACUAACGCUUGUGGCAGCUGCUGUAACUCCUUUUGCACUUGGUGCAAGCUACAUAAGCUUGAUCAUAAACAUUGGGCCGCGAGUGGACAACGACUCUUAUGGCAAAGCUAGUAACAUUGCUUCUGGUGCUGUGUCAAACAUAAGAACAGUUACCACAUUUUCUGCCCAGGAGCAGAUAGUUAAGUCCUUUGAUAGAGCCCUGUCAGAACCUGCAAGAAAAUCAUUACGAAGUUCACAACUUCAAGGUCUUAUGUUUGGGUUUUUUCAAGGUUCCAUGUACGGAGCAUACACCUUAACACUUUGGUUUGGUGCAUACCUUGUAGAACAUCACAAGGCAAAACUUGGAGACGUGUUUAAGAUCUUUCUCAUUCUUGUUCUGAGCUCAUUUUCUGUGGGACAACUAGCUGGUUUAGCACCAGAUACUUCUAUGGCGAAUACAGCAAUUCCUGCAGUUCAAGAUAUCAUAAAACGUAGGCCACUGAUUGACAAUCAUAGAGCAAAAGGUAGGAAAGUAGACAGAUCAAAGCCGUUCAACAUAGAAUUCAAGAUGGUGACAUUUGCAUACCCAUCUAGGCCAGAAGUGACUGUGUUGAGGGACUUUUGUUUAAAGGUCAAAGGUGGAAGCACAGUGGCCUUGGUGGGACCAAGUGGAUCAGGAAAGUCAACGGUCAUAUGGUUGAUUCAGAGGUUCUAUGAUCCUGAUCAAGGAAAGGUGAUGAUGAGUGGGAUAGAUUUGAGGGAGAUUGAUGUGAAGUGGUUGAGGAGGCAAGUGGCUUUGGUGGGUCAAGAACCUGCACUGUUUGCUGGAAGCAUAAGGGACAAUAUUGCAUUUGGGGACCCAAAUGCUUCAUGGACUGAAAUUGAAGAGGCUGCAAAGGAGGCUUACAUCCACAAGUUCAUCAGUGGCCUUCCUCAGGGUUACGAGACACAGGUUGGUGAAAGUGGGGUCCAGUUAUCAGGUGGCCAGAAACAAAGAAUUGCUAUAGCAAGGGCCAUAUUGAAAAAAUCAAGGGUACUUUUGCUUGAUGAAGCAAGCAGUGCCUUGGACUUGGAAUCAGAGAAGCACAUCCAAGAAGCCCUUAAAAAUGUUGCUAAAGAGGCAACAACCAUAAUAGUUGCUCACCGUCUUUCCACAAUCAGAGAAGCUGAUAAGAUCGCAGUUAUGAGAGAUGGGGAAGUGGUGGAGUAUGGGAGCCAUGACACUCUCAUGGCUUCAACUCAAAAUGGCUUGUAUGCUAGCCUAGUUCGAGCUGAGACUGAAGCCAAUGCCUUUUCUUGA